AACGCCGCCGUCCUGGACUACUGCAGGACGUCUGUCUCGGCGCUGUCGGGCGCCACGGCGGGGGUCCUGGGCCUGACCGGUCUGCACGGCUUCAUCUUCUACUUCCUGGCGUCCGUCCUGCUCUCCGUGCUGCUGGUGCUAAAAGCCGGGCGGCGAUGGAAUAAGUACUUUAAAUCCCGAAGGCCGUUGUUCACGGGGGGGCUGAUAGGAGGGCUCUUCACCUAUGUCCUGUUCUGGACUUUCCUCUACGGCAUGGUUCACGUCUACUAAAACAGCUCGGAGCCACGUUAGCUGCAGUGGUUUUUAACGAAGCAGGAGGACUGAUGCCAAAAGUCACCUACUCACCUAGGCCAGCUCACCUUUGAAACUGCUGCUCGUCGCUUGUAUGGUUAACACAGUCAGUAAAUUAUGUCCGAGUACAAACGAAUCGGUAGCACUGUUCUAAUUAAACUGAAUGUGAAAC